AUAAGGUAGCUUCUUUCCCUCUGCCUGUUAAGCCCAUCUUCGUCCUAUGCUUCUACAUAAACGACAACAAACUCCUGCUUUUCUCUGUGUAUAAAGAUAAAUACAAGUAAGAGCUAAGAAGAAGACACCCACCACUACUCCACUCCCACCCUCACAAUCUCUGCAAAUCAAGCAUGGAAGAUUGGUUCCAAUGGUUAUGGUUUCUUUCGGUUUCAUAUGUCGGGCUAGUUUUCGUCAUGAAAGUUUUUUUUCAUCUCUGGUGGAUACCGAGGAAGAUCGAAAAUCACUUCAUGAAGCAAGGAAUUAAGGGACCUAAGUAUCAGCUUUUUUUAGGCAACUUAAAAGAACUUGCUAGCUUAAAUUUGAAGGCUUCUGCCCAACCAAUGCUUCUAUCCCACAACAUACUCCCGAGAGUUCUCUCCUUCUAUCAUCAUUGGAAGAAAAUUUAUGGUGCAACGUUUUUAGUAUGGUUCGGACCGACACCUCGUCUCACCGUGUCUGAUCCAGCACUUAUUCGGGAAAUUUUCGUCUUGAAAUCGGAUUAUUUCGAGAAAAAUGAAUCCCCUCUACUUGUGAGGAAACUUGAAGGUGAUGGUUUGUUGAGCCUCAAAGGAGAAAAAUGGGCUCAUCAUAGAAAGAUCAUUCAACCAACUUUCUACACAGAAAAUCUCAAGUUAAUGAUGCCGAUGAUGGCAAAAAGCAUAGAAGAGGCAGUCGAGAGGUGGUCUGACGAGAUGUCGAAUGUCGGCAAGGUGGAAGUUGAACUAUCUGAAUGGUUUCAGAACUUGGUUGAAGAUGCCAUUACACGAACAACUUUUGGAAGCAGCUAUAAAGAUGGAAGGGCAAUUUUUGAUUUGCAAUCACAGCAAAUGGUCCAUGCCACUGAGGCCUAUCAGAAAGUUUUCAUCCCUGGAUACAGGUUCUUGCCGACUAAAAAGAACAGAAUUUCUUGGAGAUUGGAUAAAGAAAUUCGAAAAUCCUUGAUGAAGCUGAUCGAGGAGAGGAGAAAAAAUUCAACCAGUGAGACAUUGUCAGAAGAAUGUCCUAACGAUUUAUUGGAACUAAUGAUCAAAGCAAGUUUAAAACAGAUACAAAUUAAUAACUCGAAUAUUUCUCCGUCAAGUUCUACACUCACAAUAACCGUCCAAGACAUAGUCGAGGAGUGCAAGACCAUUUUCUUUGCCGGAAAACACACAACGUCGAACUUGCUGACUUGGAUGACCGUCCUCUUGGCCAUGCAUCCUCAGUGGCAGGAACAGGCACGUGAGGAGGUCUUGAGGGUGUCUGGAGCACGUGACUCUCCAACUAAAGAUGAUCUUGCAAAGCUCAAAACGCUGGGAAUGAUUUUGAAUGAAUCUCUAAGACUGUACCCACCAGCAGUGGCAAUAAUUAGACGGUCCAAGAUCGAUAUACAAUUAGGCGGGCUCCACAUCCCGUCCGGGACCGAGCUUCUCAUACCGAUCCUAGCCGUUCAUCACGACCCAGCAUUGUGGUGCCACGAUGUACAUGAGUUCAACCCUGCUAGAUUUGCCAAAGGCGUAGUCCAUGCAGCCAAACAUCCCUUGGCAUUUAUGCCGUUCGGCCUAGGCCCCCGCCGCUGCAUCGGCCAAAAUUUGGCCAUUUUGCAAGCCAAAUUAGCCAUUUCCAUGUUACUACAACGUUUCUCAUUUGAUCUUGCACCACAUUACAAACAUGCCCCUAGUGUUCUCAUGUUGCUACAUCCCCAAGAUGGUGCACCAAUUAUAUUCCGAAAAUUGUAGGACUAUAUGGGAUGUAGUAACCUUUAGGACCAAAUGUUGUCAUAUGUUAGGACACUAGUACUAGCAUGCUAACCCUCCACCAAUGCCUAACCCAAUAGAAUUUUUCUCGGGAUGGUGUUGUUUUCAAUUUUCUUAUAAGAUGUUAGUCCGUUCUGUCGCAUUCUAUCUAACUUGACUUUUUGUCAGAGGCAUCAACCUAUUUUACCAAGUUUAGCUUGGAUUUUUAAGUCUCUUUCUAAUCAGUCGUGGUGGAAGAAAUUUCUCCUUCCCCCUCUGCCUUUUGUCUUUGUACUAUGUAAAUUCUUGAUCAAUGGAUGUACAUUAUGGUUGUGGCAU